AACUGUGUUCCCUAAUUAUUUCUUCGAUUGGUUGAUCUGCUUUCUGGGGCAAGUUGGUGUCGAUGAGGAUCACGUUCUGAGGCAUCCACUGUGAGUUGUAGAAGCGGAAAAGGGAAGUGUUUGGUGGCGAUUUCUGAGAUUGGUCUUGUGUGGGUGUGAGUGUGAGUUGAACUGUGUUGUAGGAUUUUGAGGGGUUUGUUGUUAUGAAAGGCAUUAUUCCUUGGUGGGUUUUGUAAGGGGUGGCUUUGAUUUGCUUGGAUUUGAUAUGGGUGGGUGUUUUCCUUGUUUUGGAUCAUCCAACAAGGAGGACAGUGGUGGGGUGAGGGUCAAGGAGGUGCCCAACAAGGAUUCUUCUUUUAAGGAAGCUGCUUCUCUUGUUCCUCAGUCUCAUCACCCCAGCAGGGCAAACACAGAUAAAUCGAAAUCAUCACGAAGUGGCGCAGAUGCUAAGAAGGAAGCACCGGUUCCAAAGGAUGGCCCAACAGCCCAUAUUGCUGCACAAACAUUUACAUUCCGAGAGCUUGCAGCUGCUACAAAGAAUUUUAGGCCAGAAUGUUUACUAGGCGAAGGGGGUUUUGGACGUGUUUACAAAGGUCGUCUCGAGAGCACAGGACAAGUAGUUGCUGUAAAACAGCUAGACCGAAAUGGUCUCCAAGGAAAUCGAGAAUUUUUGGUGGAAGUUCUCAUGCUCAGUCUCUUACAUCAUCCCAAUCUUGUGAACUUAAUUGGUUAUUGUGCAGAUGGUGAUCAGCGGCUGCUUGUUUAUGAAUUUAUGCCACUGGGGUCUUUGGAGGAUCAUUUACACGAUCUUCCUCCUGACAAGGAGCCUCUGGACUGGAACACUAGGAUGAAGAUAGCAGCUGGAGCUGCAAAGGGAUUGGAAUAUUUGCAUGACAAGGCAAAUCCGCCAGUGAUAUAUAGAGACUUAAAAUCAUCCAACAUCCUCCUAGACGAGGGUUACCAUCCCAAGUUGUCGGAUUUUGGGCUGGCAAAACUUGGUCCGGUCGGCGACAAGACUCAUGUAUCAACACGAGUAAUGGGAACAUACGGCUACUGUGCUCCGGAAUAUGCCAUGACCGGUCAACUAACUCUGAAAUCUGAUGUCUACAGUUUUGGAGUUGUGUUCCUUGAACUUAUUACUGGGCGCAAGGCUAUUGACAAUACACGUGCGCAUGGAGAGCACAAUCUUGUUGCAUGGGCACGGCCUCUCUUCAAGGACCGUCGGAAAUUCCCGAAAAUGGCUGACCCUCUACUUCAAGGCCGUUACCCGAUGCGAGGACUGUAUCAAGCACUUGCAGUUGCUGCAAUGUGUCUGCAGGAGCAAGCUGCUACAAGGCCUCUGAUUGGGGAUGUGGUGACUGCUCUCACAUAUCUGGCCUCACAGACAUAUGAUCCAAAUGCAGCCAACCAAUCCAACAGGGUUGGGCCCUCAACACCUAGGAUGAGGGAUGACAGAAGGAGCCUGGCCGACGGUGUGGACAGCCCUGACCGGCGCCUCGGCUCCCCUUCCACGCACCGAAACUCCCCAGACUUCAGGAAGAGAGACAGCAGGGAUGCAAGCAUUGGGACAGAGUUAGGCAGCAGGAUGGACACGGGUGGUGGCUCAGGGAGGAAAUGGGGAUUGGAUGAUUAUGAAAGGCAGGAGUCUCAGAGAGACAGCCCUGUAAAUACUGCAAGAGCCAGAGAGACUCCAUGGAACCGCGACCUGGACCGAGAGCGUGCGGUGGCCGAAGCAAAAGUCUGGGGCGAGAAUUGGAGAGAGAAGAAGAAAGCAAAUGCCAUGGGUAGCUUCGAUGCUACAAAUGACUGAACAGACAGACACCUGAACACCAACCAACUUGCUGCUGUUCAUCAUGUAUGGUUGAGUCAGAGGAUAGACUGUGUUGGUUGUCUUGAAUCCAACUUGUUAGUCAUCACCAUGUGAAGGAAAACAGUACACAGUUGAAAAAAAAGACAAAAAAAAGAAGAAAAAUAGGGGUUGGGGGAGAAGUUAGUGUGGAUUGGGGUAUUUAAAUGUAAUGAUGAAGGUGCAGAAUGUGAAUUGAAGAGCCAUGUCUAUGUACUAACGAUUUCUAGGUUCAUGUGUGCCUAGAGCAGCAAAGGCGCUUCUAAUUUUUGGCCCCUCUUAUUUGCUUGUAUUGUAUGAUGAGGGGAGAUUAGUGGAUUGCUGUCACAUGAUGUAUUCCUACACUCUCUGUUGUAUGUCUGAGUCUAUGUUUUCGGCUUAUACCAAAAAAAAAAAAUUAUUUUCCA